CAGAUAUUCACCAGGACCUAAACUCUGAGACAUCACAUACUCCGUUAAAAACACUUACCACAACAUCCUCACUUCCAGAACUUGAAAAAUGUUUAUCUUCUAGUAAUGAAAUAACUUCAAAUCAGUGUACGCAUAGUUGUUUGAUUUCUAAAAAUGAAAAUGCAGUUAUGGAGAUAUCCCAAAAAAUUAAAAAAUUCCCUCAACUAGUAGCAAAAGUUCAAAGGUUAAGACCCGAGGUGAGAAAUAGUGAGCUUUCUACUGGAAAUUAUUGCCAUCAUUUGGUUGAUCCAAAGCUAACAGAAUAUAAUUUUGUCACAUACGAGCCUAGAAUCUCACAGAUUUCAAGAUUAUUAAAUUCGGGUAACAGCUCAUAUGAAUGUAGCACAACCGCAGAACCCACCAGUACUUACUUCUUAGAUAAAUGUCAGUCAGUUCAAGGUGAUGCUGUAAGUAAUGGCAUCCACAGCGCUGCAUCCAUCAGCCCUCUUCAUGCAGCUACACAAAGUCUAAUUACCGGUAUCACAGUUGUGAAAGAAUCACAUUGUCAGAAUACUGAUACAGUAACUCAUUUGCCUAAGGAAUGGGAUAAAGUUGCUGAUCAGGAGGAUGAUUCUGAACACAGUGACUCACAGUGUAGCUCUGAAGAAAUAAACAAUGUUUGCUGUGCCGCC